AUGGAGGAGGAGGAGCAGGAGGAGGAGAGCAAUGGCAGUAAAAACAUGGCUGAGCACCUGCCCACAAAAGACGGCUGCCAGCUCAUAAAUCUUUGUCACAAGAACACAAAGUUACUGAGUUACACAACGGUCGCCUUCUUUGAAAAUUUUGCGCUCUUUCAGGAUCACCUAAAUGAAUCCAGCUGCUCUUGGCCUCUCUGUACUUUUUGGAUAAAACUACACCUUCAGGUGAAUGCAGAGUUCCUGCAGAUCACUACAAAACCCCUGCAGGCGAAGUUCUUGGCUCAGCUGGACAAUUUAACAGACAAGCUGAUGCAAAAUUUUCAGGGGAGCAAAGGAGCAAAGGGCCAAAAGAUCAAGGAUAUCAUGGCGAUCAGUAGUUUGUAUGAUGACAUCGACAUAAAGAGGGAGCAUACUCUUAAAAGCCUGGUGAUCUACUUUAAUGAAGAUCCAGACCUACUGUUCAAGGAGUAUCUGACCUCCUCCACUGAGGAUGAACGGUUGAGGUCCACUGCAGCAACUGUCACUGUAUUUACACCAUCAGAAGAGAAGGGAUUCAGGAGCCAGAGGAUGUUGGAGUUGUCAUUGAAGGUACUACAGUUAUGAACAACCUCGGUAGUGUCAUCAUGGCAUUCAUCGUCCUCUUUGGACUGAUUUAUGCACUUGAUCUGAGCUAUCCAAAUGACCACAAGUACGCUUUUGAGUUCUGUCAGAAGAUUUUGAUGAAUCUGGAUGGACAAAGGCUCAGUACAAAGAUGCAGCAAAUGAAAAUGAAGAUGUUUGCUUAGGCAAACAAGACCCAGCACAAAAGUUGAUUUUGGCCUUUUUAUAUCUUUUGUUCAA